AUGUGGAGAUGGUUGUACCUGGAACCCAUUUUGUAUAAUGAUGACGGGGACCUCGGCGUCAAGUUUAGAAAAGUAGACCUUCUGUUUAAGCAAGUAGCUCGAAUCAUUGAGGCUGAUCCUCGAGUCUCGGCGCUCGUGCACUCCACCAGGCUGAAGCCGAUGCUCGAUGCUAUAACCGACCAACUGAACGCUUGCCAGUCUGCUUUGAACCAGUACAUGGAAGAGAAGCGGUCUGUGUUUCCAAGACUAUACUUCCUGAGCGAUGAUGACCUGCUGGAACUACUGGGUCAGGCUCGCGCGGGGGCUCAGGGUCGGGAGGUGGUGAUGCAGACGCAUCUCAAGAAGUUGUUCCCCGGGAUCACUGGAGUGAGGCUCGGCCCCGGCGGGGUGAGCCUCACAACACUGUGUAGUCAGUACGGAGAAAUGUUCACGUUGGAUCAGCCGGUCGACAUUGAUUGUUCAGUUGAGGUAUGGCUGAACCGUUUGGAACAAGAAAUACGUUCGUCACUCAAAAGUUUGACCUUGAAGUGUCUGGCCAAACACGGAUCACCCCAUCAGGACCCAUUCUCUCUGCCGACACAGAUAUUAUGCUUGUUACAAAACAUUCGUUUCACGGAACAAGCUGAGAGCGCCAUCCUGACCAAGGACCUAAGAAAGCUGAAGGACAAUAUAGAGAAAGAGCAUAUAUAUUAUGCUGAAGCUGAAGUAGACAAUGAAAAUGAAAAAUGUAAAAGGCAGGCUCUGAUACUGCAGUGCUCCUAUUACGCUUCCGUCAUUGAUUCUUUGAUUGAGCAAAAUGUCGUCGCAACCAGUGACUGGCUGUGGCAGAAACAACUCAGAUUCUAUUUAGUAAACAAAGAGGAAGUUGUAGCUAAGAUGGGGUUGGCUCAAAUCUCUUAUUCGUACGAGUACCUGGGCGUCGUUACCGGACAGUUUGUACGGACAGAAUCCACAGACGACAGCUUUCUUAUUCUUACACAGGCGUUACACCUUGGCUUCGUGGGGAACCCGUUCGGACCGGCCGGGACGGGGAAAACAGAAUCAGUGAAGGCUUUGGGAAGUCUGGUCGGACGACUGGUGCUCGUCUUCAAUUGUGAUGAAGCCAUGGACGCGUGUUGUCUGGCUCGUCUGCUGAGCGGCGUGGCUCGUUGUGGAGCGUGGGGCUGCUUCGAUGAGUUUAACAGGUUGGAGCGCCCGGCCCUGGCCGCCGCCGCGCACCAACUCACCGCGCUGCUGGCCGCCCUGACAGCACGGGACGAACACGUCGUGCUACAAGGGAAGAAGGUGCCGCUAUCUCAGUGGUGUGGUGUGGCGGUGACCUUGAACCCGGCGGGUCGUGGGUACGGUGGUCGUCGGGAGCUCCCCGCUGCACUCCAGGCCGCCCUUCGUCCUUUGGCCCUUCGUCCUCCGCCGUCGUCGCUCCUAGCGUCUCGCCUGCUGGCCGCACACGCGCCCUGCCGAGACACCGACCACUAUCACCGCCUGGGAGAAGACUUGGAUUGCGUCUUUCAACUGGCCAGCACAUUGCUGAGCAGUCAACGUCACUAUGACUGGGGCCUGCGCGCUCUGAAGGCGGCGGUCAGCAGCUGCGGGGCGGCGCUGGCGGCCGGCGGGGCGGAGGGUCAACUGACCCGGCGGAGGGCCGUGUUGAGGAGGGUGCUGCGACUCAAUAACCUAUCCAAGCUGACCCCCGACGACGCUGAGAGAUUUGAAAAUAUUUUAUCCAUGGUAUUCGCGGAGGUCCCGGAGGAGCAGGUCGCUACAGACCCCGUCCGGUCCGCCCUCGAGGAGGCUGUUCACCGCCUGGGUCUGGUCACCAACGACAUCCAGAUCCAAAAAUGCGUGGAACUGUAUGAGCAGCUGCAGCAGAGGAUGGGAGUCGUCAUCGUGGGUCCGCCGGGCUCCGGGAAGACUACCAUACGACGACUGCUGAAGACGGCGCUGGUCAGUCGAGGUCGCAGCAUCGUAGAGUACGUGAUCCGUCCUAAAGCCUUGGAGCGCGGCUGGCUGCUGGGGGCAGCGGCGGGGAGCAGCGCCACCACCGGCGUGCUGCACACUGUAGCGUUACAAGCCACCGCGCAGGAUGAUGAGACCUGGUCGUGGGUGGUGUGUGACGGAGACAUCGACCCGGACUGGGUGGAGGGACUCAACUCGGUGCUCGAUGACAACCGGCUGCUGUGUCUACCGACCGGAGAGCGGGUCUGUCUGCGGAGAGGAGUCAGCUUCCUGUUCGAAACAGACGCGCUCUCAGCCGCCUCGCCCGCCACACUUACGAGACUCGCGCCCAUACUAUUGAGUGAAGACAACGACUGCAGCCGCGAAGUAUUGGAAAGAUGGAGUCGAAGAACGGAAUUAGAAAAUGAAACGAUGAAACAGACGCUGACGAUGAUGAGAGAUGUGACGGAGAAGGUUCACGCGUGGAUGAAGAGGAACAGCACCGAGCUCUUUAUGAAGCACUGCGGGGUCUCCACUGUGACGCAGAUAAUAUCACAGUUCGAACAGCUCGUGGUGGAGACCAGCUCGGAUGUGAGAGUCCUCGGCGUGGAGGAGCUGGUGCACAUCGCCGUCCUUAGAGGAGCUACCAGUAUCAUCAAACAGAGAGCCAUCGAGGACUUCUACAGGGAGGCGAGUGAUAUGCAGCUGUCUCCGGCGCCGCCGCCAGCAAGUCACAGUCUCCACUCACUGCAGGGUCCCCGCCUGCGGAGCGCCAGCCUCAUACUUCAAGCCUCGCUGCUUCAUUCGCACGCCUUAUUACUGGGUCCCGUGGCCAGUGGGAAGAAUGUUCUAGCGGAGUAUGUCAUGAGAGAGACUUUUUCAACGGUCGUGGUAAUAGACUGCACGCCCGUCCUCGAGCCAUCCGACAUUAUAGAGGAAUUGAAACGAAGGAACUUAGUAGGAGGGUCGAGCAGCAGGGGCGGCGCGGGUGCAGGGCGGGCUGCGGGGGGCGCGGGUGUGCUGGUACGGUCUCUGCACCGAGCUGCUCGAGACUCCUGGGGCUCCGUCAGGGUGCAUGACUUCCUGUUGCAGUUGAUACAAGAGGGUGGUUUCUGGAGUAUGGAGGGUGGCGCGCCCCAGUGGCUGUCUGUGUGUCGCUUCACCCUGCUGGUGACGUCAGCCGCCGUUUCUCGCCUCUCUCCUCGUCUGUCGGCCGCCCUCCAGCCUCUCUUCAUAACCGAACCUGAUGAUGAUGAGCUUCUGGAACUGUCUGAGAUGUACCUGAGAGACAGCAUCCCGACAGAUACCCCGGAUGGUGACGUCUCUGAUCUUGUACGACGUAUGCUGACUCUGUAUAAAGAGGUCGUGGCCACGUUCGACUCCCAGCCUCACUACUCCUGGAACUGCUCUCACAUCAGACGUUGGUGUGAGAACGUGAAGCUCUACUGUCCCACUAACACUACGGAUGUCUGGACGGCCAUCACAGCAGAAGCGCACAUGAUAUUCAGAGAGAGAUUGAUCACCGCGGAUGAGAGGUCGCAGUACGAGACAAUAGUUCAGAAACAUUUGCCAGGAACACAUCCACGGAUGUUCUACAGGCCCAAGAUGAGGAACGACGCGAUCUACUUGGAGAGGCUCGAGGAGGAGGAGUGGUACCGACACACGCAGAAAACUAUCAACCAGUGCUUGACGGACGACGAGCAAGCCUUCGUGGAUGUAGCAGUUGAGGCGUGUGAGGAGCUGACUCUAUGGAUCAUAGCAGCCGCCACCGCUGUGAGUAUAGAGGGGAAGAGGGAGGGGAGGUACAGAGUCGAGGUGCUGAUGACUAACUCGCGAUGUCCCCAGCUGUCCGGGUGUGUGUCGACGUGUGUGUCGAGCGAGGGGGCCGGGCGCCGCGCGGGGGCCAGGCUCGCGGCCGCCGCACUCGGAGCAGCCACACACACUCUCACACACGAGCGUCACCUGCACACACUCAUACAUGAUGCGCUGUCAUCGUCGGUGUCAGGUCGUUCUCUGCUGGUUGUGUGUGGGUCGGCCUGCUCACGCCUCGUCCUGGGGUCUCUGGAGGCGCUGCUCUCGGCCGACUCCUUCCAGUCUCUCCCCUCAGCCAUGGUACCUUCUACAGGGAACAACACUCCGAGUCUAGCUAAUAUCAAACAAAAUCUGGGCAUUAUGAUAUGUUUGGACAAGGAUCAAGAGAAACUCAAAGAGCUGAUGGAAGAGUUUCCACUUCUUCAUGAGUCGAGCCGGCUGUGCUGGCUGCAGGGCUGGUCGGAGGACACUCUGAGGAAGAUGCCUUCACUCGUCAUACACAGAUUAAUGAAAGAGGACGCUCAGGGGGAGAGUCAGGAGGAACUGAACACUGUCCCGGUCGAGGGGUUCGUGGCGAUAUACACGACGGUGGAGGAGGGGUGGCUGCGAGCGCCCGCCCGGUACAUACACUUCAUCAAGGCCUACUACCACAUACUCAGUCAUAAAAGAACAGCUCUGAUGCAACGGAAGAACAUGCUCGCAGUCGGAGUGAAGGCGCUGAGCGUAGCUCGCGGGACGGUGGCGACGCUUCAAGGGCAGGCGGAGGAGCAGGAGCGGGCGCUGGGCCUGGAGCGAGCGGCCGCCGCUGACGCGCUGCAGCAGAUGGGGGCUACGGUGAGGGCCGCCACGAGCCGCAAGGAGGACAUGCAGCGGCUCAAGGACGACAUACAGGCCGAGAACGAGAAGCUACAGCUACGGAAGAAAGAAAUCGAAGCGGAGCUAGCGUCUGUGGAGCCCGUGGUGGCGGCGGCCAGGGCGGCCGUCGGGGACAUUAGGCCCGAGGCGCUCAGUGAGGUGCGGUCGUUGCGCGCCCCGCCGGAGGUAGUCCGCGACGUGUUGGAGGGCGUGCUGCGUCUCAUGGGCAUCGCCGACACCUCCUGGCACUCCAUGAAGAACUUCCUCUCAAAACGAGGUGUCAAAGAGGACAUUAGACACCUGGACGCGGCGGACAUCAGCCCGGAGGCGGCGGCGGCGGUAUCUCGUCUGGUGGAGCGCCGGGCCGCCUCCUUCACCGCGGAGAGCGCCCGCCGAGCCAGCGCCGCCGUGGCCCCGCUCGCCGCCUGGGUCCGCGCCAACCUCGAACACGUGCAUGCUCUAAGCCGAGUGCGACCACUGCAGGAACAGCAGCGGGAACUCCACGAGAGGCUCCGUCGUGCGGAGGAGGAGGUCGCGGCGCUAUCCUCGGGACUGGUUUCUGUGGAGGGUCGAGUGUCGGAGCUGCAGGAACAGCUCGGACAGCACGCGCAUGAGGCGGCGGCCUUGGAACACAAGCUGCAGCUCGCCACACACACGCUGCGGGCCGCCACCACGCUGCUUGACCAGCUCGGACACGAGGCUCGCACCUGGGAUGAUGAUUUGCAAAAUAUUUCUAUAGAGAUCUUGGAACUAAAUCAGAGAUCUCUGUUGGCUGCUGGAUACUUGUUGUACCUGCCUCACUUGACGGAGCAGCAGGCGAGGGAAAACCUGUUGCGAUGGAGUUCUCUCAUACAGUAUGAAGAUGCUAACUUUUCAGUCAUAAAUUUCCUUUCAUCUUCGGAGGAACAGCUUUGUUGGCAAGCCGAGGGACUACCGACGGAUCUCUCUGCCGCCAAGAACGCUCUCACUCUUCACCAAUUCCUAUCCGGAGUGGGCCUUCGCCCUCUGUUGGUUGAUCCGGAGGGCGAGGCGCGCACCUGGCUUAAACUUGCAUCAACUGUGUCAAUGGAAACAGUGAGUGGUGGCGGGCGUGAGCUAGGGGUAGUGAUGCAGCAGGCCCAGCGAACCGGCGGGACCUUACUGGUGACGGAAGCUGAUCAGUUGGAGGGCUGGUGGUGGAGCGCCCCGGGGGCCGCGCGGGCCGUCCUACUCACUGGUGACACCGCGAUGCUCGAGCGACUGGAACCACACAUACGAGCUACCCUCGCACCACUGCUGUUCACCUCGCGACUCGACGCGUUACUAGAUCAAUUAGUGAACUAUGCGAUAGAGAAGCGACAUCCGGAGAUGUUCGAGAAAUGGAAGGAAAUGAAACUUAAGACGGCCACCUUACAGAAACAACAGCAUGAGGCACAGGAACACCUGCUGAAGGAGCUGUCGGUGUCGCGCGACAUUCUACAAGAUGAGGGGUUGGUGGCUGCCCUAGAUGGGGCGCGGGCGGCCACGGGUCAAGUGACAGCGGCUCGGGCUGAGCAGGAGGCGCUAGCGAAGGCCGUGGCGGAGAGCGCGGAGGCUUGCCGCCCGCCCGCACUCACCGCCGCCCGACUGGCUCUGGCGGUACGACGACUGGCCUCCAGACGACCACUACUGGCCUUGCCCGCCACCGCACUACGAGAUGCCUUCCUUGAAUCACUGGACAAAGACCAGGAACAAGUGACUAAACACUUUGUGAAGAAAACAUUGAAGCGCGUGAUGCUGAGCGUCCAUCGUCGGGAGAGGUGGGUCGUCAUGUUGCACCUCAUGAAACACGUGCACCAGGACCUCGUUAACGAAAAGCUCUGGCAGCUACUGGUCAAUAACUUCAACAUGGAAGUGCGAGACGAGAACUCGACAGUGGAACUACAGAACAAGUAUCACUGGAUGAGCAAGAACAGCGCCAGAAGAGUGGCGCUGAUAAAGACGCUGGACGAGGAUCUUUUCGAGCGUCUGUCACUGGGGCAGUGGACCAGUGAGGGUGACCUGUUCGUGUUGGAGGGAGCCUCACUGUCUCCGGGGGAGAGGGUGCUGGUCGCCGCCGCUCUCAACCCUGGGGCCUUGCACCAGGCCGUGAUGCAGUGUGUCGAACAACUGAUGGAGGGAACAAGCUUCACGGACGGCGAGGCAGUCCCGCGGGCCCUUCGGUGCUCCGCCCCGGGCCAGCCCGUGUUGCUGUUAGCGCCGCACGCCGGUCAACACCUGGCGACCGUGGCUACAUCGCGGGGGCAGACGCUCACCACCGUGGGGAUCGAUGAUGGACUAGUGGCCUGGGAGGACGGUCUGCAGCGAGCGCGCCCCGGCGGCUGGCUGGCCGUCACCGUGGGAGCGUCACCCUUCACGAGAGACUUGACCGUAUUCGUUGCAUCGAUCGCGGAGAGGGCGAACGAGUUCAGCGACGAAUUUCGUCUUUGGAUCCUGGCCGAGGAACGACCGAUUCCAUACGCCCUAACGAGUGCGUGCGUCACCGUCAUACUGGAGCCAGCGGAGGGCGUGAAGCGAGCCGCUUGCAGCGCGCUCGAGUCGUGGUCGGGACAAUCAGUGACGGGAGAAACAGCGCGACUGGCGGCCGGCCUGGCGCUACUACACGCACUUGUUACCGAAAGACGCGCAUACAUACCCAUAGAUCUCAUCGCUAACACAUCUCGUCUCCGGUUUUGGUCAGGUUGGAGUCGCUGGUAUGGUUGGGGCUGGUGUGAGUGGCGCGCGUGUCAGACUGCGUUACAGACAGCGGGCCAGGCGGCGCGUCCUCUGUGCUUCUCGCUGUAUUCAUCUCGAGUCAGCGAGCGAGCUGACCGCCGUGUACUGCUGGCGCUGGAGGCUCGCUGUCUAUCUGGAACUCCGGCCCUUCGACUACCGUCUUCAGCAACACUUCAGUCCAGUCUUCACACCUCAAUCCCUGAUGUUUCCCUUCGUCCUCAGGACUACGCGUGUUCGUUGGAGUCCUUGCCAUCUUCGGACUCGGCCUCCUUGCUCCAGCUGCCUCUCAACUGUCGCUCCGCCCGCCUUCAGUUACACGCGACACACAUCAUGGACGGACUAAGAGAAUUCAAUAGCACGUCUCGUGUCAAAGAGGAAGGCUCCUUCACGUCGUCCAAGAUACUUCAAUCUCUGUGGAAGAAGUUGAUGUCGGGAAGUCCUCUACUGAAACCGGACUACCGCGUCAAAGAUUGUGUCGGGUGGUGGGGGGCGGUGGUGUCAGCGGAGGCUCGUGACGCGGCCCGCGGGGCCCGGCUCCUGCAUGCCUCGCUGUCUGCUGCGCGGUUCAUGUCACCAAUGACCCAGGUCCCGGAGAGCUGGCAGCUAGUGUGGGCCGGGCCGGACCUGCCUCAUGACUACCUGAGGGAGUUCACCUCCCGGGUGAAGGCGGCACACCUGAGGACCCUGGAGGAGGCUCCAACGAGACAGGACUACAUGCCCACAGAGCUGGACCUGCGUCUGUUCCUCCGCCCUGACCGCGUGUUAUCGGCGCUGCUCGCUCUCAUCGCGUCUCGCCUCGCCUGCCCCCCGGCGACGCUCGUCCUCACCGCACAGUGGAAUUGCACUGACGUAACGGCGGAGACAGGCGGUUUGUCAGUCAAAGGCCUGUCCCUAUCGGGCGGCGUGUGGAGCUCCUCAGACGAAAGCGGCCGCGAACGAAAAGGAGAGGGCUUUGUGGCGGCCGUGAGCGCGGAGUCCCCGGCACUAUCGGACGCUCCACCUAUUCUACUACGAUACGUCCGCCGCGCCGAAGACUCCUCACAAGGAUCCCGCGACCCGCAGCCGACCCUAAUCCCUCUCUACGAGAGUCCCCGGCGAGAAACAGAGCUAUGCUGGAUCCGGGCCCCGCUGGGAGCCUCACUAACUGCACAAGACGCCGCGCUACAUGCCCUGGCGCUGGUGGUCACUCCACAUGACUAG